UCAGUCGGAACUAAACUCUAGCCACUGGCGGACCGUUGAAGCAAGAGACACAAACAAACUAAAAAAGAUAAAUAAAACGGCCACUGCCAAUUGCAACUGGCCACGGGAUUCGCGCGUUACAGUGGGUGUUUGUGUGUGUGUGUGGCAAGAGUAAUUUAAUUUCCUAAUAAUUCUUACUUCGUUGAGUGGUAGCUCGUGAGGACUCACAUCUAAGUGGCAGAUUGUGCAGGGCUUAUGGAUAAUUACCUCACCCAGUGUCGAUCGUCCAAGGUGUUAGUAUACUCCCUAGUAGUGGCCGAGUAGUGGUGAGCCUGAGUAACAGUUGCUCAGAUCGUACGUGGGUGCUUGUAUGUGUGUGUGUGUCAAUGUAUGUAGGUAGUGCUUGUAGGUUAAAAUCGUGAAGAGACAAAGUUCAAAACGCAGCAUGACAGCUGCAGCUAGUAGACGAAAGUCGCCACAAACUUCCCCACCCAGAAAAACAAUGCGCACAAUCAAAGCCAUCUAUCAACCGGAACCGUUGAAUUGACUUACGGUCGUGGUUGCCACCACCCACAUCGACACCGUCCUUCGGUGCGUGUUACGCCGCGUGGUGCGUCUUGCGUGUGCGUAAUCGAGAAAAUACGACAGAAGAGUGGAUCGUCGUGCGAGAGACGGUUUUACGGUUCGAACGCAUCGUUUACAGCACCCCAUCGGGGUGUUUUGCACACAUUCACAGCUCCUGCUGUCGGGGAUAUGAUCCACAGGUUUUGUUUUGAGCUUCCGCAGUUCCUCCAGAUCGAACCUCCAAGGUCUCCGAUGAUUCUAGCAUACUUUUUUUUUUUUUGGUGAGCCAAAUGUUUGCCCUCACUAAGAUCUUUGCUCGGGAAGCGUAAGAGCUCUGCCCGCACAUCUUCUCACAUUGUAUUUCACGAAUUAAAAACAAAAAUUGACAGUGAGUCGUUUAUCUUCCUGCAAUGCCCUCGCGCACAACGUAAACACGCGCACGAGCCAGUCUGCGGCGACUGGAUGUUGCAGAAGAAGUAGAAAAAAAAACAUCUGCAAGAUUAUAAAUAUUCGUUUUUCGCGUGCGCACCAUCAAGGCCCAGAAGAUUGAGAGAGCAACAAAAAAAUACCCCGAUAUUUGCGUAUUGCGUAUUUUCAAAUUAAACGCACGCAUCUAACCGCAUCUCCUUGCUUGCGCGUCGGUCUUGGAUCUUGGAUCUUGACGAUUGGGAGUCGCUCAGCUGCUGCCUGUCAAUUAUUCAUCAAACUAUGCUACUGAUCCUGUUUAAGGGUCUAUCUACUUCUAUCUUCUAGUCUCUCGCUCGCUCUCUCUCUCUCUCUGUCUCUCUGUCCUCCUGUAGCAGUGCUUGGAAGCGGUCGUGAAACAACCAACACCAACAGAGGGGGGACAACAUAAAAUGAGAUAAAUGUGCCGGGGGAGUGCGCGCGUCUACAGCCAAACGCGGACAAAGAUCGUACGGUGAACGCGCGCGUGUGUGUGCGCAUCGCGACUUGUAGCAGCAACGUGGGGGACGGGCAGGGUGGAAAGCAAAAAAAAAAACACAACUGCAGCGGGUGGAAAACAAGAAUACGAAAGAUCUAACACCGCGAUGAAGCUGUGGAAAUCGAAGAAGGGAGUUGCCGCGUCCUCCGGAACGACGACGAGCUGCGUAUCGAGCUCGACCGGCACGCUCAAGGGGGGUGGCGGCGGCGGUAUGCUCUCGAAGACGUGCAAGUUUAGCAAUGGCGGCAACGGCGGCAGCAGCAAUCAAAGCAGCAACGGCAGCAGCAGCAGCAACAGCAGCAGCAGCAACGGUCACAGUAGCAGCGUGCUCGAUGACAGCAGUGCCGAAACAUCCUUCAUCAACCACCACCAGGGCACCAACGGCACGCUGCCGCAGGACGGGGGCCAGCCCGGGAGCGGUGUCGUUUCCGCCAUGGUUCAGCACUCAACCGGAAACAUUUUUUCGGCGAGCGAUCGUGCCAUGAGUCCAGCACAAUCGGAAGACUCCGGGCUGGCGGCGGAUCGGGGCACCACGUACGCCACCAUCUCGAUACCGCGAGACAGCGGCCAGAUCGGCAUAGUGAUGGCAGAGCGCACCGAUCUUUCCUUUCCGCCGAUGGUGGAGUCGAUCAGUGGUCCAGUGGCGGAUCUGCUAGCACCGGGCGACCGCAUCCACCAGGUCGAUGGCGUGUCCACGAUCGGGCUGUCGAACCAGCAGAUCUUCAGCAUCCUGUGCCACGGCGAGGGACCGGCCGUCAUCGAGAUCGAAUACUCCUUCCCAGAGUACAUUUCACAGAACAGUCUCUGCGUGACGACCAAAAUCGCACAGAUCACGGUGGAGCGGGAAAACGGCUGCCUGGGGCUGACGCUGCGGGGCGGCGGCGAGUACCCGCUCGUUGUCACGAACGUGCGCAUGAAUGGGCCCGUCUUUAAGACGGGCCAGAUCAAGCCGGGCGAUCGGGUUCUGCGCGUUGACAAUGUCUCGCUUCUUAACAAGAGCCUCUCGGAGGCACAGCACAUUCUGAAGGAUGUGCACGCGUCCGGCUACACGAACCUGAUGAUCGAGUACGACGUCUCGGUGAUGCAGACGGUCGAGCUGAGCAUGGGCCCGCUGCUGCUCGAGAUCGAGCGGCCGAUGAACGAGAAGCUCGGCCUGAUACUGAGCAACUACUCCAGCGCGGUCAACCUGAACGACAUCUACCACAGCAGCUACAAGCUGAACGAGGUGCAGCCGGACGGCAUCUUCAUCGCCAGCAUACUGCCCGCGAGCAUCGCCGACAGAUGUGGAGCGCUCACCGUCGGCGAUCAGAUCCUGUCGAUAGACGAGAGUGUGGUCGACAAUGGAGUGUGCACGCUGGAGGAGGCUACCGCACUGUUGGAUGCAAACUGCGUGAAAGGCUACACGCAGCUGCACAUACUUCCUGCCCAUAUGUUCGUUCGGCGUCGAGGCAUCUCAUGCUCCAGCCCCCGGUACGGCUUCAACACGGUCGACUCACGCAAGAACCUCGCCAGCGGCGGCAAUAGCAAGCACGCGCGGCGACUCCUGCGCAAGAGCUCGUUACCCCAGACCGCCGAGGACGGGCUGCUCCAGUCCAGUGGGGGACUCUGCCGGGCGGAAAAGAUCCAUCUCAUCCUCGACUGUUCGGCCGGGUCUGGCAUCUGCCUGGGGCCAAAGACGGCCUGUGGUCGCGGCUUCCUGAUCGCCCAGAUCCUGCCCGACUCAGUUGCGGAACGGUCCGGCUGCCUGCAGAAGGGCGAUCGGUUGAUCGCGAUCAACAAGCUGCGCGAUCUGGACGUGAACGCGGCCCGCCAGCUGCUCGGCGACUACGGGCCGGUGACGGUCGCGAACCACUACCACAACCAGGCGCCGACAUCGCACUGGGUCGAGCUGGAGGUGGAGUUCGACAUGGCGGACGCGGUCGUGCCGGCGAGCGGCGUCUUCAACAUCAAGCUGCGCAAGCAGAGCCGGUGCGGGCUGGGCAUCACGGUGAAUGGGAACGCGCACGGUUCGUUCCUGAUCUCAGAGGUGAAGCCGGGCAGUGCGGCCCACCGGACGGGCUCGCUGCGGGCCGGCGACCUGCUGAUGGCGGUCGACAACCGGCCCCUGCAGCACUACAACCUGGACCUGCUGCUGAAGGAGAGCAAGAACGAGUGCAUCACGCUGACGGUGAAGCGGAAUUCGCUGCCAGACUUUCUGUACGACGCGCAGCAGAAGCCGGCCGGGAUUUACGGGAGCGCCGAGGAGAGCGGCGCCUUCACCUACGGCAAUCGAUACACCGACGGGACAAUGCUGAAGAUGAACAGCAGCACAGAGUCAUAUGCCAUCGAGGAUCAGCUCCGGCGUCCUGUCUGGUCCAGCACACCUUCCUACGACGGUGCACCGAUGGGCACUGGUCAAGGCACUGGCACCCUGAAAGCGCCCACCCAACCGGGCGGCAGUGCCGAACACCUGCCCCUACCUCCGGCCCAUCUGUUGACCAUGGACAGUGAACCGGCCGACGAUCGGUACGACGACAUACUCCACUACAAGAUGGUGUCGAUGAACAUUAGCAACAGCAACUACGUCGGGUUUGGUGCUAACGGCUCGUCCCCCGACACUGGGCUGACCUAUGGCAACGAGCAGCCGCCACCACCGCCACCCCCGCUACAGGCAGCCCCGCCGCCGGAGGAGCUGCGGCAGCGUGUGUUCACCGUGCGGCUGGAGCCCAAUGGGGGUCCGCUCGGUAUAACGUUGGCCGCCAGCGAGGACCUGCAGAAGCCCAUCAAGAUCAGCGCCGUUACGGAGGGCGGUGUAGCGCACACGGUCGGUCAGCUGCAGGUCGGCGACUGUCUGCUCGCCAUCAACGGCGAAAGCGUUAGCGGUGUGCCGCUCACGACCGCGACCAAGCUGCUGCAGAAGUUUGAAAACGUCGUCGACCUGCAGAUUGCCCGCGUUGAGCCUGUGCCGGCCGGUGGUGGUCCAGAUGGUGGGUCCGCGUCGGCGGUCUACGCGAAGGUACAGCGGCGACCGCGCAGCCCCUCGAUCAAUGAUGCCGCUUCGAACAGCUCGUACGGUGCGGCACAGACGGGCCCCCCUGGGGGCGGUACCAUCCGGACGAUGCACGUGACGCUGUUCAAGGACCGGGUGUACGACGAUUACGGGUUUUCCGUGUCGGACGGGCUGUACGAGCGAGGGGUCUACAUCAACCGCAUACGGUCGGGCGGACCGGCCGAUCUAGCCGGGCUGCUGCGACCCUUCGAUCGGAUCGUACAGGUUAAUGGGACGAAGACGCAGGACUUUGACUGCUGCCUCACCGUGCCGCUGAUAGCGGCGGCAGGCGACAAGAUAGAGCUGGUUAUACAGCGAACACUCGCGGAGUAGGGCAAGGCGUCGGAAGCGUCGGAAACCAUCCACUCAUGGUGUUGAUUCCCUUUUUUCUUACAACAAGCUCUUCUACUCCUACACACUACCCGUUUACAACUGUCCAUUAAAACAAAAAAAAAACAACAAACAAACAAAACUACAUUCAUCGCUUCCACUAAUAUGGCAUUAUUUAUUUAAAAAGUCUCUCCUUAGGCACCACUAACGUAUUAGCGUUUACACA